AAUUCUAAGAGCUACAGAUACACAGAGGGGAUUGGCUGCCGUUUAUGGCAUUUUCUUUCUGUUCCUGACAAAGGGUGUAGGCGUUUCUCUGCAACUGUUAUGCAGUGUGCAGCACCAGAGGCAACUUCCUCGAAAUUUAGGUUUAAAAGAGGAGAUACCCACUUUGACAAUCUAACUCGCUGUCUAGUCACCGACAAUGAAGCGAGUCAAGGUCGAGUCUUCAGUCCCAUUGACUCGACUCACGUUGAUUCAGGCUUUAAUGGCCGUCCUUCUUGUGUACUUGCUUUUCAUGGGCCUUGAAAUCCCUCUCAUUUUCAAAACCGGCUAUGGCUCGGUGCCUGCCGAUGCCACCUUGCCUAGGACUUUAUUGGUCCACGAUGAUGGAGUAACUCGAACAGUGUUGGACCCUCAUCGGGUCUUUCACGGGACUCCUGAAAGGGGAAUGCGAGAGACGAAAAGACUAUCUGGUCUGUUAUUCAACGAGACUAUUGCUGACUCUGUCGACGAGUUCUCUGUCCUUCACAAGGCCGCUAAACAGGCGUGGCUGGCCGGGAAGAAGCUCUGGGAAGAGUUGGAGUCGGGUAAAUUUCAACCUAACCCGAUCGACGUCGACAAUCGCACUGAACAUUGCCCGGUAUCUAUAACUUUAUCCAGCUCAGAGUUUUUGGCCCGUAACCGGAUCAUAGAGCUUCCAUGCGGACUGACUCUGGGGUCCCACAUAACCGUGGUGGGGAGUCCAAGAUGGGCUCACAAGGAGAAGGACCCGAAAAUAGCGUUGCUGAAGGAGGGGGAAGAGGCGCUGAUGGUGUCCCAGUUCAUGAUGGAGUUACUUGGUUUGAAGACUGUUGAUGGGGAGGAGCCACCAAGAAUUCUCCAUUUCAACCCCAGAUUGAAAGGUGAUUGGAGCGGGAAACCUGUGAUAGAGCAGAAUACUUGCUAUAGAAUGCACUGGGGAACUCCGUUGAGAUGCGAGGGAUGGAGUUCUCAGGCCGAUGAGGAAACUGUUGAUGGGCUGGUGAAAUGCGAGAAAUGGCUUCGUGAUGAUGAUACUAACUCAGAAGAUUCAAAAGCCACAUGGUGGUUGAACAGACUCGUAGGACGAAAAAAGAAGAUCUCUUUCAACUGGCCAUUCCCUUUUGCUGAGGGAAAGUUAUUCAUUCUUACUUUGAGUACUGGCUUGGAAGGUUAUCACAUAAACGUUGACGGGAGACAUAUCACUUCUUUUCCAUAUCGCACUGGAUUUGUUCUAGAGGAUGCCACUGGAUUAUUUUUGAAUGGGGAUGUUGAUGUGCAUUCUGUUUUUGCUGCUUCCUUACCUUCCUCUCAUCCAAGUGUUGCACCACAGCAGCAUCUUGAGAUGUUCAGGAAGUGGCAAGCACCACCUCUUCUUGAUGGGAAAGUUGAGCUCUUCAUUGGCAUCCUCUCCGCUGGUAACCAUUUUGCUGAGCGGAUGGCUGUAAGAAAAACUUGGAUGCAGCAUAAGCUGAUAACAUCUUCAAAAGUGGUAGCUCGGUUUUUUGUAGCAUUGAGUGGAAGAAAGGAAAUAAAUGCACAGCUAAAGAAAGAGGCAGAUUUUUUUGGUGAUAUUGUUAUAGUUCCAUACGUGGAUACUUAUGACCUUGUUGUAUUGAAGACAGUUGCAAUAUGUGAAUAUGGGGUUCACACUAUGGAUGCAAAGUAUAUUAUGAAGUGCGACGAUGACACCUUUGUCAGGGUGGAGGUCAUGAUACAGGAAGCAAAGAAGGUGCCAAGAGAUAGAAGCCUCUAUAUUGGAAAUAUUAACUACUACCACAAGGUUUUCCGUAGUGGAAAGUGGGCAGUGACAUAUGAGGAAUGGCCAGAAGAAGAGUACCCACCAUAUGCAAAUGGUCCAGGUUAUAUAAUCUCAUCGGACAUUGCAGAAUUUAUUGUGGCCGAGUUUCAAAAUCACCAGUUGAGACUAUUCAAGAUGGAAGAUGUGAGCAUGGGAAUGUGGGUGGAAAAGUUCAAUGGCUCAAAACCUGUAGAGUAUGUGCACAGCAUUAAGUUUUGCCAGGAUGGAUGCACUGAAGAUUAUUACACUGCUCAUUACCAGUCUCCAAGACAGAUGAUAUGCCUCUGGGAAAAAUUACAACAGGGAGAGCCCCAAUGCUGCAAUAUGAGAUGAUACUUGAAUACGGUGGUGUCCAGCCUCAGUAUGUUAUUUCUGAGAGGAACAAGGAAGAAACCCCAAGAAACAAGUUUUUAUGGUCAAAAGUAAAUCUCUGUAUAUAUUCAGAGCAGAUUCAAGACAUCCUGGAUUUCCAAUCAUCAAUGCAUACAUUCGUGAUUCAGAAGUUCCUUUUUGUUCCAAGUAGCCACAAAUAAUUUCCCUUGGUGCUGUAGAAUAUUCCUAGCAAUAAUCUUGGUGAAGGGCCUGUGCAAUUUACAGAAGACAUCCUGUUUUUGUAAUCUAUAGUUGGGAAAACACAGGACUGGAGAGAAUUGAAAACAUUUUGGUUUCUCUACAUUUUAGUGGGCGCGGAGAGUAUCCAUGGACAUUGCCUUCGUUAUUAUUAUAUUAUUGACUUCAAUUGAGAACGUGAUGUUACAAUA